ACCUUAUCCUAUUGUGGAACACAACCUUCACAUCUCACCCCGUGCCGCUCCAUCCCCUCCCACGACUUCCAACUCCACCCCCGCCGGCGUCGUGCAACCUCCAUCCCCUACAUCAUCGGACCCUCUCCCUCCCCCAUGCCACUGGAGUCCAUCCCUUCCACGCUACUGCAUCACCUUCCUCUCGCACCAUCGCAGCGUCAGACUCCCCUCUCGCUGCGGCCUCCCCUCCACCUCUGAUCGUCCACGGCGCUGCCCCGCCCAGGCACCACCCAUCACCGCAGACGGUCACCUCGGCCCACCACCAUGCAGCGCGCCGGUAGCCGAUCUGCCAGGGUCGCCACCCCUCCCUGGGUCACGUCUGUGCCCCUGCCCGCGAGCACCUUGGGCGUCAACCACUGCUACCCCCGCCGCCCUAGUGACCCUCUAUUGUGCGCGGUGGCGAGCCACAGCCCCCCGCCCCCGCGACCUCAUGCUAGGCUGCCGCAGACGGAUCCACACGACACCCUGCAACCAUGGUCGUGCUGGCUACCCCCGGCGCCUCCUCCACCGCCACGACCUCUCCCAGCGCCACUAGAUCGUGGCCAUGCCACCGCUCUCCGGCGCGUGACUUCCGGGCGGACAGAGCGUCCAGUACCCAACCGGCCAACCCCAUCACGCCGUUGUGCACAUUCCCCAGUGGUGCCACAGGGGCCUAAUGGCGGUGCUAGCUCCCUCCUGACACGGCCAUCACCCGCACCUCUCAUGGAUUCGCUGGAUCCAGACCCCCUUGCUCCCCCUUCCGACGAGUCCAUGCCGACAAGCUCCAUACCCCGUCCCCUGAUCCAGUUCAGAUGGGGUAGUAGGUGCACCACCGGUCUUCCGCCGGCGAGAUCCCUCUAGUGAGCCGCCCAGAGUUAGUGGGGUUGCAGCUCGCUUUGCAGGGGCACCCCAUUUGUCGCCGACGUGCAGUUCGGCUCACGGACCCAUGUAGUCGACUUGGAGGGUGAGCUGUUGUUGCAACGACGACGAGAAAAAUAGAAAGCGGUUCAUUGUCCCUGUUCUUGUGGUUCACCAUCCGUGUCUCUUUGUUUUUGUUUCAGUGGAUUGCACAGGUGUUUCCACCAAAUCUGCACCAGAACACUGCCAGAAAUUGAGGAGAACAACUCAUGACAGGGUGCAGUUUGCCUAAGUCCCUCGAUGUGGUGCGGUGCCUCGCCGGAGUUCUAUUGCCGUUCCGGGCUUUUUUUUUCCUCCGGAUUUUUGGUGUGCACAACGCUGCAGUACACCCAAGUCCUCGGUGGGGUGGGCGAUGUGCAUAUUUGUGGAUCAAUUAGAUUUACAAUGCAGUGCACUGUGUUGUUUGCGGGGACAAAAGAAUUGGUUGCAUAUUCUGGUGCUUUUUUUCCUUUCAAAAACUUAAAAGAAAUCAUGCAGCUCUUUUAGCCGUU